CCUCACUCUACACCCUCCAGGCCUUAAGAAGCAGGGCAGUCUUUUCAAGUGUGCCCCGGUCCUGCUUCGGAGGGAACGAUAACAGCAAAAGGGGGUGUUGCCUUCAUCAUCUGACAGGCUCGACGAGUCUCCCGCUUUCUCCCUCCUGCCCGCAAAUGAAAAAGCUUCGCGCACUCAGGCGCAGGGGCGAGAUGCCCGCUAGAGCUGCCGGUCGCCUGCAGAGAUGUUGCACUGGAAUGAGGAAGUGGAGUGGCGAGGGGAGGGACUGAGAGCGGAGCUGCCUCCUGCCGCUCUGCUUGGGCGAGGAGCCGCGGCAGCAGCACAUGCAGCUGGAGAGAUCUGGGCGAGUUGUCUGCAUCCAGCUCCGGCCAGAGCAGAUAACUUGAGGAAAAUGGAAACAGAUGAGGCUCAAGAUAUGUCCCAAGUUUCAGGAAAGGAAAGUCCUCCAGUAAGUGAUGUCCCAGAUGACGCUGAUGAGCCCAUGCCUGUACCAGAAGACCUUUCAACCAGCACGGGAGGUCAGCAGAAUUCUAGGAAUGAGAGAGUUUUGGCUGCAUUUAGGGCUGAACGCUUUAGGGAUUUUCAGGCCAUCAUCCCCAAAUCCUUUUCCCCCAGUAAUAUUAAAAUAGAGACACAGAGUGAUGAAGAGAAUGGGCGUGCCUGUGAAAUGAAUGGGGAAGAAUGUGCGGAGGAUUUACGAAUGCUUGAUGCCUCUGGAGAAAAAAUGAAUGGCUCACACAAUAGCAGCAAAGCCAUGUCAGGAGUUGGAGGCAUUCGACUCCCUAACGGAAAGCUAAAGUGUGAUAUCUGUGGGAUAAUUUGCAUCGGUCCCAAUGUUCUUAUGGUUCACAAGAGAAGCCACACUGGCGAACGCCCCUUCCAUUGUAAUCAGUGUGGGGCAUCCUUUACUCAAAAAGGCAACCUUCUCCGUCAUAUAAAGUUGCACUCUGGCGAAAAGCCGUUCAAAUGCCACUUGUGUAACUAUGCUUGUCGUCGUAGAGAUGCUCUUACAGGUCAUCUGAGGACCCAUUCUGUUGGCAAGCCCCACAAAUGUGGAUACUGUGGUCGAAGCUAUAAACAGCGCAGCUCUUUGGAAGAACAUAAGGAGCGUUGCCACAACUAUUUGCAAACCAUGAACCUCUCAGGUGGUCUCUAUCCGGUCAUGAAAGAGGAAACCAACCAGAGUGAAAUGGCUGAAGAUCUGUGCAAGAUGGGGUCAGAGCGAUCCCUUAUGCUGGACAGACUAGCUAGUAACGUCGCCAAACGUAAGAGUUCUAUGCCUCAGAAAUUUGUUGGUGAAAAAUGUUUAUCUGAUAUUCCUUACGAUGCAAGCACCACUUUUGAGAAGGAGAAUGAUAUGAUGCAGACCCAUGUCAUAGACCAAGCUAUUAACAAUGCCAUCAGCUACCUGGGGGCAGAGUCAUUGCGCCCCCUGGUGCAGACCCCACCAGGUGGCUCUGAAGUAGUGCCUGUCAUCAGUCCAGUCUAUCAGCUUCACAAGUCCCUUGGGGACAACAACCAUGCUCGAUCCAAUCAUGCAGCUCAGGACAGUGCAGUGGGAAACUUGCUACUACUUUCUAAAGCCAAAUCCAUCUCUUCAGAAAGGGACCCUUCACCCAUCAACAGCUGCCAAGACUCCACCGAUACAGAGAGCAAUAACGAAGAACGAAGUGGCUUAAUUUACCUAACAAAUCACAUAGCACCCCAUGCACGGAAUGGCCUUUCAAUAAAGGAAGAACACAGGCAGUAUGAUGUCCUAAGGGCAGGCAGUGACAACUCACAAGAUGCUUUCAAAGUAAUAAAUGGCAAUGGGGAGCAAGUGAAAGUUUACAAAUGUGAACAUUGUAGAGUCCUGUUCUUAGAUCAUGUAAUGUACACCAUCCACAUGGGCUGCCAUGGGUUUCGUGAUCCUUUUGAGUGUAACAUGUGUGGAUACCACAGCCAGGACAGGUAUGAGUUCUCUUCUCACAUAACCCGAGGGGAGCACCGUUUCCAUAUGAGUUAAAACUCUUCCUGUGUAGAAGAAAAGCUCUAUGAAAAGCAGCAGAACAAAGACAAAAGACUACAGGAGCAGCAUCCCCACACCCCUGGAAAAAAUAUCAGCCGGAUCCCCAAAGUGAACUCUUAUUGUAGCAUGCACAUAUAAUUCAGUUUUCUACUGUUAUUGAUGUUUUUAUUGCAAAUAUAGGCCAUCCAAGUAUAGGAAGUAGGAGUUUUUGAAGUUAAGUAGAAGAAACCUGUUCUUGCUAGUAAACCCUUUCCUUCCCCUUUCCUUUCAUCCAAGGCCUUUAUUUGGGUAUGAGUGUGCACAGUUUUGAUUGAAAACUAGAAAUACAAAAUGAAUGUUAGCCUUUUCUGUGAUGUUAUUCUGAAAAUGCACUUCUUACACCAUACAUGUUCUUCUGUAUCUUUAAAGGUUGUGCAGGGGGAAGGGAGAAUUGCAAGAACACCUGCACUUGGCUGACUUUCUCUUCUCCUAAAGAUACAGGAUCAGUCUCAGGCCCUGAACCUGGCAACCCUAGUUAUGAUUGCUACUUUUGUGGAUUAUUCUAAGCAUUUUCAGAAAAAUCCAAGUUGCAGCACUUGCAUUGUUUAAUUUUAUAGCAGCAUGGAUUGCUCUUCUCAAACAGACCAUGUAAGUAAAACAACAACACCACCUCAGGGGUUUAUGAGUCAGAUCCAAGAAUCAUAGAAUAGUAGAGUUGGAAGGGGCCUAUAAGGAGUUGGAAGGGGCCUAUAAGGCCAUCAAGUCCAACCCCCUGCUCAAUGCAGGAAUCCAAAUCAAAGCAUUCCCGACUGAAUGCCUCCAGUGUCGGAGAGCCCACUACCUCUCUAGGUAAUUGGUUCCAUUGUCGUAUAACUCGACCUAAUUCUUAUCUCGGUCCAAUUAGUUGGAAGUUCAGUCUGAAGUAGCACUGAGGGAAGCUCCUUUAUGUAGGUUCACAAGAUUGUAUGCACAUAGUGGAGUUUUUAUUUUCUUUUGUCUUACAGUAGCACCCUGUCCUGCAACACAAGCUACUGUUUAAAUCUCACUUGAGAUUAUAAAGCAGUUUGUAAUGGUGGGGAGGAAAGGUCAGGAGCUCCAUUCAACGAUUUUUGUUUUGGUGGGUGAGGAAAUCACCAUGCCUGUACAAUCUAUUGUUGGUACAAAAAGGGCUAGGACCAUUUUAUAGAUGUCAGCCUUUGAAGAAUUCAGUCUCCUCAUAAGAAUACUGCUGUUGUCAACUUUAGUCUUACAAAUGGUGGAAUAAAUAAGAGAUGAUAACAGAAGGAAGCAGAAGUGCAGGGUCCCUUCAUGUUAGUCACAGCCACACACCCUCCCCCCCCUUUUUUGCUGUGGUGUUGAGAAUGACAUACUUGUUAAUGCCUCCUUCCACAACAACAGACAUCCGUAGGAGCCGAUCAGCACAAAAGAGGAGUGUGUUAGCUACUGAGAAGAGUCUUCUCAGUGGCUGACACACUCCCUUUCAUGCUGAUUGGCUUGCAGGUUACUGGACAAAAACCUAACAUGGAGAAAAUAAAAUGCACCUCUGCAUUUUAUUGCCGUGUUGUCAUUGGGAGUGUAUGUAUAUCUUGUCUACAGAACCAACAGUUCACAUCACACUCUGUGUAGUAAAGUGCAUGUGCAUUAGAAAUUGUGCAUUAUUGUGCUUUCUGUUGGCUAUCAGCCAUAGACUAUAUUUUCUUCCAUUCAUUUCUACAUAUAUUUUUCAGAAUCAUAUAAUGUCUGAUUAGACCCUGACUUUAUGUGCUUUUUUUAAGGUUGCUGGAGACAUUGGGACCCUGCUCCCCUGAAAAUAAGAGCUCUAAGACCCCCCGAGACCCUGGACAACUACACCCCUGAAUAAAAUAAGACAAACUUAUAUGCAAAAAAAGUUGCACAAGGCUGUUUCACACAAUUAAAUGUCCUUGCAUAACAAACAUUCCAGUUGGAUUGCACAUUUUCUGUAGAUGGAUUUAGCAUGUAAUUAACUUCUUGCCUGCUUUUGGCAAGUUGCUUUUAGAAUCAAAAGAUGAUUCUCUCUUUUUUAAUCAUCUAUUAAAAAUGAAAGUGCAUUGGGUUGUUUUGCUUUGAUCUUAUUCAUCCUUUGGGGGGCGGUGAAACCAAAUAUUAGAAAUCUCCUAGUUAAGCCACAUCUCAAAACCUACAUUAUGCACUUUUUGCAUUGGAAAGUACAUAUUUUUAUUUUGUAAAAAGUCCUUCCCUAUGUGCUUCACUCCUAGUACAUACUUAUUAAAGGUCAUUGCACACAUUACACAGCAACAAGCCCAGGUUUGCUAGUUAACAGGGAGUUGCAGCCAGUCCUGGUUCUCUGACAAGUGUAUUUGUAUUAUACACAUUUUAUCAAACACCUGUUACAUUCACACACUACGAUUUUUAGAAUACAUUCAAAAAGCUUUUAUAUACCUAAAAAGAUAAUGUGUGAAGAAACCUAAGGGUGGAUGCCACAGAACUGCAACAAGUCAUUAUGGAUCUACCCCAUUCCUUCAUUCCCAGCUUUGGAUAGAAACCUAUUUUAUAGUAGUAUUCAACCUGAUCUUUAUAGCUGAGAAGAAUAAGGCUUUUGAAUUUACAAUUGCUGACUUGUCACAUUGGUUGGUCAUUGCUGAAAUGUUAUCCCUCUUAUUCAGCAGGUUUGUAUGAGCACAGGCAGUCUAGUGCACUGCACAGACAGAUACUCCCUAUCUGCAUGGAGUGUUCCAUUCAUGUCAAUGGCGGAAGCAGAUCCUUGGCCAUACUCCUUUGAGGGUGGGGCUGAGCUCAGUCCAUUGAAGUUGAUGGGCAACCUGAGUACACACAAACAUUCUCAGUGGUUAUGAGAGUUCACAUGGUGUUCUGCAUUUAAGAAUAUAUAUGCAGGUUAAUGUAGUUUUUAAUGUCCAUAAGAGAUUUAUGCAUACUUGUAAAGGUCUGUGGUUGUAUAUAUCAUACUUAUACCUAUCUAGAUGUCAGUUAUUGUCAGAGUGAGUGUGUUCCUUGGUUCUAGGUUUUUCUAUUUAUGUUGUAACUGAGUAUAUAGAUACUGAAAGCAAAUACAUUUUAGCGAGUUAGCAUAUUGGUAAGCUACACUUUAUCAGAAGGCAUGACCUCUGAACUGUCACUUCUGUCUCUCACACCAUCUCUCACACACACUCCAACCCCCGAAUGAGUCUUGUUUUGUUUGAUGUCCUUAUGUGUGUGUGUUUUUAAAAAGUGUGUGUUUGAAAAACAGGACUCUGACAAGCAGUUCUAUUCUGGAUUAUUUAUACUCUCAGGGUGGAAACACAGUCACUGUUCUGCUGGUUCCAGUGCAUCUCCACCUCUCUCUCCUGAAAACGGGGGAACAACGCUAGUCAAACCCCACCUCUUUUUACUGUAAAACCUGGUGAGAUCAGCUUGAGUGCAUUUUCCCCCAAUUCAUCUUCAAAGAGGUUUCACAACUGAGUGGCGGAUCAACCCAUUCCCCUUCCAGGUGUGGCUAAUGGAAACACUUUGCUGUAGGUGACCAGUGUGUUCACAGCCUCGGAAGAGUGAACUGGAUGGAUUAUUGUACAUUGAUGUUUGUUAUGAUAGAAUGUCUCACAUCUGUAAAUAGCAACAGUUCAAGAAAUUAUUUUCAGAAGUCACACACCAUCCCUAUUUUGGCACUGCCUUUUUAUACUUGUACUUAACACAUUUUUUGCUGUGGUUUUAUAUUGUAAUCCAGUU